AUGAGUUCUUCAUCAAGCUCUCGUGAACCUUCACCAUCUAUGAAACAAACUUUACCAAACGAUUAUGGAGCACCUAUUGAAUAUUUCUUACGAGCUGCACAAUGGCAAAGAGCAGUCUCACCAAGGUUAGGUGUUCCACCAGCUCCUGUCAAAAAUAGCAUUUGGUCAAGUCCUUAUAUAAGAUAUGGUCUCCCACUAGGUUUGCUAGCUACAGCAGGAGCAGUUAUGAUGUUGAAAAGAAAUAAAGUAAAUGUUGUAAUAUCAUAA